AUGACUCGCCCUUGGAUAGUCGUCCAAUCCCGAAGCGAGCGUUUUUGGGUUAAGCUCGGUAACAAUAGUAGAGUUUCGUCCGCGCCAUCUGAAUGUUCCUUUCUUCCUUCCGGCCUGGCUUCUACGCAGCCACCGAUACCAAGCCUCUAAUCUUGGAUAAACACCAGCCAAGACGUUGCGAUACCUUUCAAGCAACUUUUUAUCGCUUAA